CCCCCCCGGGCCCCAAGACCUUGAGCUCGUUCCCAUGAAAAAAAUACAAAAACAUAGCCAUCUAAGCUGUCAUGUCUGUUUAGAUUUUGAUGUCAUAAACAUGAAAACAACCCCAGCAAGUUCAUUUAGAUAAAGGAAAUGUCCACUCACCAUUUAUAACAAAUCCGUCUCUCUCCUUUUUUCUCUCCGAGAGAUUUUUUCAGCACUGGGUUAAUUUUUUUGGGGUGUUUGAUCAGAUUUUAAGGCGUUUCGGAGUUGGGUUCGCUCAGGACAUGGCGGACAUAGUCAAGGAGAUCCUGGCAAGACCGAUACAAUUGGCAGACCAGGUGACCAAGAUCGCCGACGAGGCGCAAUCUUUCAAACAAGAUUGCUCGGAGUUGAAGGCCAAGACCGAGAAGCUAGCAGGCCUAUUACGACAGGCAGCACGAGCCAGCAACGACCUCUAUGAGCGUCCAACGCGUCGCAUCAUUGAUGAUACAGAAUUGGUCCUCGAUAAAGCCCUUACGCUCGUUAUUAAGUGUCGAGCCAAUGGCAUCAUGAAACGGCUCUUCACCAUUAUUCCCGCUGCAGCGUUUAGGAAAACGUCCAUCCAGCUCGAGAAUUCAAUCGGAGACGUGUCAUGGCUCCUCCGAGUGUCCGUCUCUGCCGAUGAUCGCGACGAUGAAUAUCUGGGUCUUCCUCCAAUAGCAUCCAAUGAGCCAAUUCUUUGCCUUAUCUGGGAACAGAUUGCGAUCCUACACAAUGGAUCCUCGUUAGACGACCGCUCGGAUGCGGCUGCCUCCUUGGUGUCAUUGGCCCGGGAUAAUGAUCGAUACGGCAAGCUUAUUAUUGAGGAAGGUGGGAUCGGAGGGCUUCUAAAAUUGGCCAAAGAAGGACACAUGGAAGGUCAAGAAAAUGCUGCCAGAGCCAUUGGCUUACUGGGUCGUGACCCGGAAAGCGUCGAGCACAUUGUGAAUGCUGGUGUUUGCUCUGCGUUUGUGAAAAUCCUUAAAGAAGGGCACAUGAAGGUUCAAAUUGUGGUGGCUUGGGCAAUCUCGGAACUAGCACAUCAUCACCCCAAAUGCCAGGACCAUUUUGCGCAGAACAAUGCAAUUCGGUUGCUGGUUAGUCAUCUUGCGUUUGAGACCAUUCAAGAGCAUAGUAAGUAUGCCAUUCCCAGCAAACAACAAAUGUCUAUACAUUCGGUUUUCAUGGCUAGUAAUGGUCCAAGUCCAAAUGAUAAAACGGAAAGUGAAGACUAUGAUAAAGCAUCCACUGCUCGAAUUGCUCACCCAGCGGAUAACCUCCAAAACUCGAGCCUUAUGCACAAUGUGGUUACCAACACCAUGGCCAUGAAAAGCCAGACUCCUGACCACUCGAAGCCACAAGCAUCGCAACGUCAUCAUCUUGACCAUGCUAUUGCUAAGUCCAAUCAUGGCAAUGCAAAACAACAAUCCAAUCACCAGCAGCAGCAUGUUUCGCUAGCGGGAUCUAGCAUUAAGGGGAGGGAAUUUGAAGAUCCGGCUACUAAGGCCGAGAUGAAGGCAAUGGCAGCCAGAGCCCUAUGGCUGUUGUCCAAGGGCAAUGUAUCCAUUUGUCGGAACAUCACUGAAUCAAGAGCGCUUUUAUGCUUCGCUGUGUUGUUAGAAAAAGGAACUGAUGAUGUUCAAUCCUAUUCAGCCAGGGCAUUGACGGAGAUCACAGCUGUGGCUGAGCAAAAUGCUGAGUUGAGGCGCUCCGCUUUCAAGCCCACUUCCCCUGCUGCUAAGGCUGUAUUAGAACAGUUACUUAAAAUUAUAGAGGCAGCCAACUCGGACCUCCUUGUACCCUGCAUCAAAUCAAUUGGAAACUUGGCAAGGACUUUCAGAGCAACGGAAACAAGAAUCAUUGGGCCAUUGGCGAGGCUGCUUGAUGAAAGAGAACCUGAGAUUUGUAUGGAAGCCUCCAUUGCACUUACUAAGUUUGCAUGCACUGACAAUUUCCUCCAUGAUUAUCACUGCAAAGCAAUCAUAGAUGCUGGAGGAGCUAAGCACUUGAUUCAAUUGGUUUACUUUGGGGAACAAAUGGUCCAAAUUCCUGCGUUGAUUCUUCUAUGCUACAUUGCAUUACAUGUCCCGGACAGUGAGACACUUGCUCAAGAAGAGGUGCUUAUUGUGCUUGAGUGGUCAUCAAAGCAGGCGCAUCUUGUUGAAGAACCUGAAAUUGAAGAAUUAUUACCGGAAGCCAAAAGUAGGUUGGAACUCUAUCAGUCCAGGGGUUCAAGAGGAUUCCAUUAGUUUAAUCCAAUUGUACAAUGUUUCUAGGAAAAAAUCCAACAAAAAACCGGUUGCAUUUUGCUGUUGUCCUUCUCAUAAGAUGUAUAUAAAUUAGCUCUGCUGUGGUCAUUACUGUUGUGGCAAAUUGCUUAGAAGAAUUUCCCGUUA